UGUUUAAUGGAAUAGAGCAAUGGAAUCUGUAUUCCAUUGAUUCCAUUGGCUCCAUUGUGGCACAGCAUGUUAUACUCGGUGAAAAACCACCUUAUAAACUCAUUCCCUAUAUUGAGGUCUUAUCAAUACAAGUGAACAAGUUUAAUAAAGCUGCUGUAUAUAAGGCAUGUAUCAAGAAAUUGGGAAAAGAAUUGUUUGUUGAGUUGUAUAUUGAAGAAGAAAGAGCAAAAAUUCUAUAUGCAUCUAAUGAAGAAAAUCAGCAAAUGGAUAUAUCAUCAAUUAUUACUUCAAACAAUCUUGAGGUCUUUGCCCUUUUCAGAUUUCUUAAUCCAAAUAUUUCCUUACCUGGAUGUCAUGUUCUUGCUGGUCAUAUUCUCUCAUCACACAGUGAGGAGUUGCAACGUAAACAAGCCAUCAAUGCCAAAAAAGAAGAAGUUGGUAAUACUCUGGCAUUUGAUGGCUUGAAAAAUGAAGCUGAAGAUAUUUCUGGAGAUGGUACUUGCACAAUUGAUGUGGUGGAAAAAAUUAAGAGUUUCUUUGUACAUGCAGAGAGAGAUGAUGUUAAAAUUAUUGCAGUAGUAACAGAUAAUACAUCAGCAUAUGCAUCAGCAAGAUUAGUGGAAAAUGUGGUUAGAGUACAAAGAUAUUGUUUUUCUGCUUUGCUUUGCACACCAAGCAAACUUACAACAGGAACUUAUCUUGGAUUAAAAAUAUGUAAUAAGAGAGCUUUAAAGGCACUUGCUUUGUACUAUCAAGAAUUACACAUAUGUAUUAUAACACACUUGGAAGAUAACGAAUGGUGGCAAAUGAUUGAAGAACUAGAAUCACAUUUGUUUCCAUUUAUGGCGAUACUCAAUCAUCUACAAUAUGAUGUUGUAUGGUUAUCAGAUGUUCUCCAUGCAUUUGCUUAUUUCAUGCAGUUAUAUAAGGAUCGCGAAGACAGUUUUAGCAAAAAUAUGAUCCAAUAUAUAGAGUCUCUAUGGAAACAGUGGGAAUAG